AUGGCCGAGGUAGUCGACCUCUGCGCGUCGAGCGACGACGAGGCGCCGCCGGGGCCACCGGUGCGGCGCCAGCACACCCAGCCAGAAAGCAUCGAGAUCUCGUCCGACGAAGAGGCGGCCGCGCCGGCGCCGGCGCCGCGCCCGGCGGACGACGACGACGAGGCGGCGCCGGCGCCGGCGCCGGCGCCGCGCCCGGCGGACGAGGACGAGGACGACGAGGACUUCCUGGCGUUCUUCAGCAGCCGACGGGGACCGGCGCCAGCACCAGCACCGGCACCACCACCGCCACCGAUGCGACGGCAACCCACGGCGCCGACGCAAGACCUCUGCAGCGACGACGAGGCGCCACCCGCGCCGCGGCCGUCCGUCGACGCCGUCGACCUCACCGCGAGCCCGCCGCCGCCGCGCAAGCGCCCGCGCGAGGCACCGCCAGCGCCGCCGCCACCGCCUCCAACACUACCGCAGACGAUCACGGCGCGCGCGAGCGAGGCCUUCGCGAGCCGCUGGCCCGACGCAAGUGGCGCCUUCGCCACACCACAGUCAAUCAAAGACGCGCCGCCCGCCAAUGCAUUUAGAAGGGCGCUGCGCCAGACCGCGAGCGUCGAGUUCUACGGCGGUUCGAGGCCGCUGCGCCACUGUCUGUGCGUCAUCGACGCGCGCGACGGCCGCGACGCCGCGGUUCAAGCCCAUGAAAGGCUCGCCCAAAUACUAGACGACUCUAUUUGUGUGUGCGCGCUGGUUUGUGCCGUCGAUCGGCCGGAGUGGGCCGACGCCGUUAUCAAGCUGGAGCGGCGUCAUUCCCGAUUAGUGACGCGCCUCAUCUGGGUCCAGCGGGGCGCCAAUGCCCAGAAGGCCGUCGCGACGUGGGCGCGGACGUACGCGCGGCGCUUCGACCGGACGAGAGGCAAGAACAACGACGACCCGCUGGACUUUCUGCACGGCCAGUGCGUCGACGACGUGAAGCGCUGGAAGCGGGCGCGACCGACCAAACACGCCGACGCGUGGGCGCCGGCGCUGAACACUCUGUUACCUGACGCGGCGGCGGAGGCCGUCUCUACAGCAUUUCCCUCCUAUUCGAGGCUGGUCGAGGCCCUGCGGAGCGAGGGCCCCGACUGCGUCGCGCGCGUGCCGAAGAAGACGGCGAAGGAGCGCUGCGUCGGGCCCGCGGCGGCGGCGCGGCUCCGCAGCCUUCUGACAUCGGAGAACCCGGACUUCGUGGGGUCCUAAGAGAGCUUGUUUGUAGCUACGGUCGCGUCGAUGGCGUCCCUGGGCUUGCCCUGCGGCGGGCAAGUGCGCCGGAAAACUUGGGCUAGCGGUGUAAGACACUAGCAAACAGGCUUGGGCCGGCAAAACUCGACAGCGAGGCCUUAGAACAGGCACUCGUGCUCUGCCGAAGAGAAAAGAUACUACUGCAGCGCUCCGGCCACCUGUACUACGUGACAGCUUAGGCCUGUAUAAGCAGCGAGGCCAAGGCGGUAGCGCGCAGCAGCGGCGAGGUAGCGAGGCGCGCGAAGCGAAGCCCAAGAGGCGCGCGCGUCCACGACCGAUAGUGAAGCAGUUGAGGACACGGAGGACGCUCUGCGACCAUGUCCAUCGUCAACCCCAAGCCGCACUGCGCCGCGCAUCAAUCAAACGUCGUGGCGGCCACGCCAUGGACGCGACGCUGCUCGACUGGCGCACAGACUCACUGGUUUUAUCGGCGCGCAGGUUCCUCAACGACCUCACGGGAAAAGAUGUUAUCGUGAAACUGAAAUGGGGCAUGGAGUACGAGGGCAAGCUGCUGAGCGUCGACUCGUACAUGAAUGUGCAAUUAGGCGACGCCAAGGAGUACAUCGACGGCCAGCUCGCGGGCGCGCUCGGCGAGAUCUUGAUUCGGUGCAACAACGUCAUGUACAUGCGGCAGAGCCCGGCGGGCGGCCUCGCGGCGAUGGAGGAGUAAGUUAGACAGUACAGGGGGGAGGAUGGGGGAGGGAAGGAACAGGCAUCGCGGCGAUGGAGGAGUAAGUUAGACAAUACAAGAGAGGGGACUUGGGGGAGGAUAUCGA